UAAACUUGCCUGCCAAUGAAUCUGCAUUCAGUGGGAAGAGAGACAGCUGCUCAGGUUUAUUGAUUUCCUUAGUAAAAGGGUAAAUUAAAAGGUUGAAUACUUGGUUAAAGGUUAACUUCUGUCACGGGGUAGGCAUUGGAAAGGACCUAACUAAGCCCUGUGAAAGACUGCCCCAGGUCCAGGGAGCAGAUAGGGUUUGAUGAUAAUCCUUGUUUCUCUGGGGCAUGUGAUUUUGUUAAGUUUCAUCUUAGCCCCACUGAACUCUCAAAGUGAGGAUGUGUAAAUGACUGAACCCUCUUUCCCCCCCAGCAAGUGCCCUGGCUCCCUUCUAACCACUGGCUUCCUUCCCACCAAUGACCUCACAGACAUGCACUCAGAUAGUGAGACGGGGUGCCAGGGAUGGGAGGAUGGUUGAUGCAGCGUUUGCUCCAGAUAGGAAAGUCAAGCUGCCCCAUCUUGCAACUGUCAGAAGCCCACCCUGGUCAUACAGCCUUGCAGACCUGCCUGCAAAUUACUGAACAGAGCCGGUCUCCAAGUGCCAUCGAGACUCCCAUGUAAAUUCUUCAAUAUUCUCAUUUUUUGAAUAUGUAAGAAACAAAAAUUUGUUUUCCCUUUUCAAAAUCUGCAGACACCAAGGAGACAGCAUUAAAUUCUGCCUUAUCUGGUCUUGCUUGUUUUAGAGGAUUCAGGAUGCUUGUCACUUGGGAGUAGUGCACUGGAGAGCAGGUCAGGGCUCUGAUAGAAGUCACUGUUUGUGGUGGGAUUGGAUUGGCUGCAGUUCUAGACAAGAUUGUUCAGAGACGCUCAUAAACUGGUGGGUCAGAGCAAUUGACUCUGCUGCAUCAAUGAUCUCCACUGAAUAUAGAGGAUAUUCUGUUAGCUCAGGGGUUUAAUUGGGUCCAUGGAGACCAACAUGACGUGUCUGUAUCAAAUGCCUUCCCUUUUCUGUAGAGUCUCAGGGGCCUCCGUGACAUUACUGAGCCGAAAUCUUGCUGUUGUCUAUGGAGAAGACUCCAAAACCAAGCAGGAGGUCCUAUCCGGAUGAGGAAGGCCUGAAGCACUGGUCAAAUUCUCGCUAUGAGCACGUGAUGAAGCUCAGACAAGCAGCCUUGAAAUCUGCCAGGGACAUGUGGGCUGACUACAUCUUGUUUGUGGAUGCAGAUAAUAUCCUAACAAACCCAGACACCCUGGUCCUGCUGAUGGCAGAGAACAAGACCGUAGUGGCGCCCAUGUUGGACUCUCGUGCUGCCUAUUCUAACUUCUGGUGUGGAAUGACUUCGCAGGGUUAUUACAAACGUACUCCUGCCUACAUUCCCAUUCGAAAACGAGAUCGCCGUGGCUGCUUUGCUGUCCCCAUGGUGCACUCCACUUUCCUGAUUGACCUGCGGAAAGAGGCCUCCCGGGACCUUGUCUUCUACCCACCACACCCAGAUUACACCUGGUCUUUUGAUGACAUCAUUGUCUUUGCAUUUGCCUGCAAGCAGGCAGAGGUCCAGAUGUUUGUAUGCAACAAAGAGGUUUAUGGCUUCCUGCCGGUGCCACUGAGAGCCCACAGCACCAUGCGGGAUGAGAUGGAAAGCUUCAUGCAUGUGCAGCUAGAGAUAAUGGUGAAGAACCCUCCAGUGGAACCUUCACAAUACCUGUCCGUCCUGCCAAAGGUCCCUGACAAGAUGGGCUUUGAUGAGGUUUUCAUGAUUAACUUAAAGCACAGGGCAGAUCGACGAGAGCGAAUGCUGCGGACGCUGUACGAACAGCAGAUCGACUGCAAAAUCAUUGAGGCUGUGGAUGGAAAAGCCAUGAAUAGCAGUGAGGUGGAAGCCAUGGGGAUUCAGAUGCUGCCAGGAUAUAAGGAUCCAUACCAUGGCCGUCCACUGACCAAAGGGGAGCUGGGCUGCUUCCUAAGUCACUAUAAGAUCUGGAAGGAGAUUGUGGAGAGAGGGCUGGAGAAAUCAGUUGUGUUCGAGGAUGACCUGCGAUUUGAAAUAUUCUUUAAACGACGGCUGAUGAAUCUGAUGUAUGACCUGGAAGAAGAGGGUCUGGAUUGGGACUUGAUUUACAUUGGGAGGAAGCGAAUGCAGGUGGAGCAUCCAGAGAAGUCUGUGCCUCACGUGCGGAACCUGGUGGAGGCAGAUUAUUCCUACUGGACUCUAGCCUAUGUGAUGUCCCUGCAGGGUGCCCAGAAGCUGCUGGCAGCUGAGCCACUCUCCAAGAUGUUACCUGUGGAUGAAUUUCUUCCUGUCAUGUUUGAUAAACACCCUGUCUCUGAAUAUAUGGAACAUUUUGAAAACCGGAAUUUGCUGGCCUUUUCAGUGGAACCACUGCUGGUUUACCCAACACAUUACACCGGUGAUGAUGGUUACAUCAGCGACACUGAGACCUCUGUGGUUUGGAAUAAUGAGAGUGUAAAAACUGACUGGGACCGUGCCAAAUCCCAGAAAAUGAAAGAACAGCAGGAGCUCAGCAAGGAGGCCAAGAACUCAGAUGUGCUCCAAUCACCUCUUGACAGUACAGCCCGGGAUGAGCUAUGACCAGAGCAGGCCCCUUCUAUGAAAUGGAUGAAGGGACUGAAUGUGAUAAGGAAGGGUGUGUGUUGGAGUGGGGGUAGAAAGCAGGGAAAGGGCUAUAGUAACAUCCUUCCAUGGGGAUUACUGGAGUUUCGUUGUGUCCAAGAAUAUAAUGGUAAAGUCACUUAGAUGACAAAGCCAAUGAGGGUCAUGGCUGAAGCCCCUCUGACUUCUGCUAUUGCAGGAUUCUAUGAGAGAGAAUGCUGGAGAAAGUCAGGUUUGCCAUGUCCAUCAAUUCAGCCACUGCUCUGGUUCAGCACAGAUCUUUACACAGUUGCUCGUUGUAGUGGAGAAGUUUUAUUCUUUGGUUUAGGAUAUUGGUACUUGAUAGGACAUUGGUCUUCCUGCCUCUGUUGCCAUGUGUGUAUCUGUGCUAGGAAUGUAUCUCGUGACCAGGGAUCCUAGUUUUCUCUGAUUUUAAAAUUCUCCAAUUAAAAAAACAUAAUUGGGGGGAAAAACAUGGAUUUUUAAAAUGAAACACUGACUGUUAGUUUUCCCAGCCACAAUAUAUAUACGUAUCAGUUGAAUACAAUGUUUUAUUGAUCUAUUUACAGUUGUAAAAUGCUGGAAUGAUCCAGUCACAGGGUAUUGUUUCUUUACUGUUGUCAAGGGCCCUGCUGUUUCAGCCUCUGUUUCAUUUCUUUUCAGUCAGUUUAGCUCUUUCCAUGUGUUCUGCGAUUGCCUUCAAAUGUCAUCUACAGCCUUGCUGCAUACAGUACAGAACAGCAGGUUACCAUCAACAUUAAAUUUGUCCUUACCAAAUUUAUGGGUGUUAAAAGUCACCCGUCUUUCGGGUGACUUUUAAAGUUUUCAGCAUCUUUUUAUAACUUUAAUUACUCAUGGGCGGAGGCUGUAGUGAAAUUUAAGAUGCAUUAAAACACAACCCCCUAUAUGGCACUGAGUAACCUCUAUACGCCGCCAGCAGUUUAUUGGCGUAUGUUUAGCUAUGUGAAUUUAAAGCGCAUUCAAAAAUCAACCACAGGAGGGGGAGGGUUGUGCACAUUAAAAAAGUGACACUGGUACUUUCAGUAAAAUUUAGUUGUUGUUUUUUUUUUCUCAAUGUAAAAACUAAAGAUUCUCUGUAAAAACACAUUAUGCAUUUUUUCCCUGGCAAAUGGAUUUCUGGGAUCCCUAUUCAUGACCCUUGAAUGUUCUCUUGGGGAGGUGUCUGGGGAGGAGGGGUGAAAUGCUGCCAGAUCCUGCAGGUUCCUGCUAAUGAUGUGCCCUAAUAUAAGCUGAAGUCUUUUCUUUCUGUAAGACCAAAACUUUCCUAUUUUUAUAAAAUCUUUGGCUAUGA